AUGGCACCUUUAUUUAAAGAAACACCUCAACAUAUUUUAAAAACUAUUGAUCUGCAAUUACCAGUUGAUCCAUCUAAAAUUCAUGAUGCAGUUGAAGUACCAAAUUCUCAAGACCCAGGAUAUUCUUCAAUCUAUAGAAAUGCUGUAUGUCCAGAUGGAUUAAUCGAUACUCCAUAUUCUUCUUUAAAUACAUUAUAUGAAGUAUUUGAAAAUACUAUCCCCAAUCAUGGUCAUAAAAAUUCAUUUGGUAAAAGAAAGAAGAACCCAGAUGGUACAUUUGGUGAAUAUGAAUGGGAAACUUACAAGACAACUCAAACUAGAAGAAAUAACUUUGGUUCCGGUAUUUUCUUCAUAUUAGAAAAUAAUCCUUAUAGAACUAAUUCUGAAGCUCAUAAGAAAUUAUUUUAUAAUCCAAAUAAGAAAGAUGGUGAAUCAUUUGUUCUUUGUAUCUUUUCUCAUAAUCGUCCAGAAUGGGCUUUAACCGAUUUAACUUCCGUUGCUUAUUCCAUUACCAACACCGCUUUAUAUGAUACUUUAGGCCCCAAUGCAAGUAAAUAUAUCUUAAACUUAACUGAAUCUCCAAUUGUUGUUUGUGGUAAGGACAAAAUUAAAGGAUUAAUUGAAUUGAAAAAGAACCACCCUCAAGAUUUAAUUAAUUUGAUUACUUUGGUCUCAAUGGAUGAUUUAGAUGUUUUUGAUCAAGAAUUAAAAGAAUUCGCUCAUGAAAAUAACAUUAGUUUAUUCGAUAUGAAACAAGUUGAAAGAUUAGGUGCUAUUAAUCCAUUACCACCAAUUCCACCAAAACCAGAUACUGUCUUCACCAUUUCUUUCACUUCAGGUACUAGUGGUGCUCAUCCAAAGGGGGUUGUUUUAACUAACGCAAAUGCAGUCUGUGGUGUUACUUUCAUGUAUGCUAGUAAUCGUGUUAAUAAAAAUCCAAGAUUUUAUUCAUUUUUACCAUUGGCUCAUAUUUAUGAAAGAGCCACUAUUCAAUUCGGUCUUGCUAUUGGUGCUGAAAUUGGAUUCCCACAAGGUCCAUCUCCUUUGACUCUUUUAGAUGAUGUUAAGGCUUUACAACCAACUUUUUUGGCUUUAGUUCCUCGUGUUUAUACGAAAUUGGAAGCUGCAAUUAAAGCUCAAACCAUUAAGAAUGAUGCAAAACCUUGGUUAAGAGAUUUAUUCACUAAAGCAAUCAAUAAGAAAUUAGAAUUACAAUCUCAAAUCGAUCACGAAAAUCCUUCUCAUUUAGUAUUUGAUCGUGUAUGUGGAUUGUUAAGAAAAAAAAUCGGUAUGGGUGCUGUUGAAUAUGUCUGUACUGGUUCUGCCCCAAUUUCUCCUGAAACUAUCAAAUUCUUGAAAGCUUCUUUGAAUAUCGGGAUGUGUCAAGGUUAUGGAUUAACUGAAUCAUUUGCUGGGAUUUGUACAUCCAGUAAAUUCGAAAAAGAUCCAGGAUCAUGUGGUGCUAUUAGUGUGACUACCGAAGUUAGAUUAAGAGAUAUUCCAGAAAUGAAUUAUACUAGUGAAGAUGAAGGUGGUCCUCGUGGGGAAUUAUUAUUAAGAGGUCCACAAAUCUUUAAAGAAUAUUACAAAAACCCAGAAGAAACCGCCAAGGCAAUUGAUGAAGAUGGUUGGUUCCAUACUGGUGAUGUAGCCCGUAUCAAUACUAAUUAUGGUAAUCGAUUAUAUAUCAUUGAUAGGGUAAAGAAUUUCUUUAAAUUGGCCCAAGGGGAAUAUGUUACUCCUGAAAGAAUUGAAAAUGCUUAUUUAUCCCAAUUCCCUUUCAUUCAACAAUUAUUUUGUCAUGGUGAUUCAUUACAAACUUAUUUAGUUGGUAUUGUUGGAUUAGAUCCAGUUACUAUUGGUACUUAUCUUUUACAAAGAUUUAAUGAUAAGAUUGAAAAAUUGGAAGAUAUUGUUGAAUUCUUUAGAAAUCCAAAACAUAAGAAGAUUUUAUUACAAGAUAUGAAUCAAGCUAUUCAAGGUCAAUUACAAGGGUUUGAAAAGAUUCAUAAUAUUGAUGUUUCUUUUGAACCUUUAACUCUUGAUAGAGGGGUUAUUACUCCAACUAUGAAGAUUAGAAGACCUAUUUGUGUUCAAUAUUUCAAGGAUACUUUAACUGGAUUAUAUGAAGAAGGUUCAAUUAUUAGAAAUGAAAACUUGUAG